AUGGCCUCUCACAUCGUCGACUCAAUUCACAGGCGAUCUGCAAGUCACAAUAACACAGAUUUCAUCCCAUCGAUAGAAAGAAAAGUGAAUGCUAAAAUAGUCUUGCUAUGGACGCAAGUGCGAUCGGGAUCUUCAUUUUCAGUGGAUUUACUGUCUUCGAUUCCACAAACUUUCACAACUUCUGAACCCAGGUCGAGCAACCACCUUCUCAAAGUUGUCACUCUCAAUUUGAGCGUAGCUUUGGAAAUAAUUGAAAACAACAGGAACUUGGAUAUUCGAAUAAUACAUCUCGUUCGCGAUCCAAGGGGAAUAAUUCAGUCAUCGCAUUACCUUCAGUUUGACAAUUUUCCACACUCAGCUGAGUUCUUCUGCGCACGCCUGAGAAGCGAUAUGGAAGCAGGAAAUUGGAGGCUCAUUUAUACGUUUCCGGAAGUGCUUGAAAUACAGAGUAAAUGCAGCGACGUUAUUCUACGACUUCAAUAUCGGCUUUUUCAAAACGACGAACAGUACAGAAAUUUGUCUUACAGCGUACUUCAUUAA